AUGAAAUUUAAUUUAUUAAAAAUAGAGAAACUAAAAAAUUAAGAGAAAUAAGAAAAACAAAAAUUCAAUAAAUCAAUUAUAAAUUAUGAUGUGUAAUAUCUUAAGAGAAAUAAAGGAUAAGUAGACAAAACUAUCAUUAAAUAAGAUUCAGAAAAAUAUAAUUUAUCCAUAUUAUAAAGAAUAUAAGUAAUUAAGUAGAUUAUGAUGAAUGUAAUUAGAAGAAAAGUAACUAAAUUUUUUUAUAUUUUCAAUAGAAAAAUGAGAGAAAGGAUUAAAAGUUAGGAUUUAAAAAUGAAAUUCAUAAACCUAUUUUCCCUUCUAAAUAUAAAGGGAAACAAUUAACUUUGAUAAAUUUAAAUCAGAAAAAUUCAUUUGUGUUCAAAAUUACGAUUAACUCCUUAAUAAUAAGAAUAUUUUAUAAAUCCAGCUAUUUAUUUAAUUAAUACAAAUUAAAAGUUUUAAAAAAAGAAUAUGAAUAAAAUAAAUAAAAUUUUGUAAAUUACUAUACUGGUUGA